CCUGCGUCAUUCUCACGUACCUUAGCUUUUGCCAGUGGUUCUUCACAACUCGUGCACUGAUUACGCUGCCUAUUCUGCCAGCGGACGGGCAGUAAUAAUGAUUAUCCCUUCCUUGGCACGCUUAGAGGUCGAUGGUUAAAAUUAAUUGCCUAAAAGGUAACUGCUGUAAAUCCAGGUGUAGUUCUGGAAGCAUUUGGCUGAGAUUUCAUUUUGUUGCUGUAUGGGUUUAUCUAAAUAGUAAUGGACUGGAUCCCAAAUCGAAAUCAAAGCAGCAUUAGCACUGAGGUGUUUCCAAAUCCACCUACGUGUAACAGGGAGUCCAGAUCUCACAUCCUGGUUGAACGCGACAGCUGCAGUCAUCGCUUGAAAUAAACCCUGCUACCCCAAAGCCACAGCGAUGCCCCUGGGAAGGCUGACCAACAGUCAAGGCAAAAGUGUUGGUAGUCUUCCAACAAAAUUGUCACAAAUUUUACCAGCGAUGUCAAUGCAACAGCUGGUCAGUGAUUCAGUGGAAGAAGAGGAAAAAGAAUCUGGAACAGAGUAUCAUACCUGUUUCUCAGCUGUUUAGGCACUGCAGAAGAGUACUUCUCCAAAGAAAAGUCUGAGAAAACUCGUAAACAUGAGGAGGCGAAGCUCCCUCUGGUGGCUGCAGCCUGUCGUUUUCCAAACACUCCUGAGAGGAAGAUCAAGCUUUUUAGAAGAAAGCUCGAAGACGAAAGGGAAAAAGCAGACAAGCAAACGGGAGUGAUCGCGGACGUGAUACACAGAGGAGUUGAUCAUGACAACUUUCCUGGAAUUUAUCCAGCAGAAUGAGGACAGAGAUGGAGUUAGAUUCAGCUGGAAUGUUUGGCCUUCAAGUCGUCUUGAGGCCACAAGAAUGGUAGUCCCAGUGGCUGCCCUCUUCACACCACUGAAAGAACGGCCAGACUUGCCUCCUAUUCAGUAUGAACCGGUUCUGUGCAGUAGGACCACAUGUCGAGCUGUUCUGAAUCCCUUAUGCCAAGUGGAUUAUCGAGCAAAGCUCUGGGCUUGUAACUUCUGUUAUCAGCGAAAUCAGUUUCCUCCUACGUAUGCUGGCAUAUCUGAAAUGAAUCAGCCGGCUGAGCUUCUGCCUCAGUUCUCUAGCAUAGAAUAUGUAGUACAGCGUGGUCCUCAGAUGCCCUUGAUAUUUCUUUAUGUCGUGGACACGUGCAUGGAAGAUGAAGACUUGCAAGCUCUGAAGGAAUCGAUGCAAAUGUCGCUUAGUCUCCUACCACCAACUGCCUUAGUAGGUCUCAUUACCUUUGGACGAAUGGUGCAGGUUCAUGAGCUUGGCUGUGAAGGAAUUUCCAAAAGUUACGUCUUCCGAGGAACGAAGGACCUGUCUGCAAAGCAACUUCAGGAAAUGCUAGGACUUACAAAAGUAGCUGUUUCACAAGUCGGUCGGGGUCCUCAAGUGCAGCAGCCACCACCUUCUAACAGAUUUUUGCAACCAGUGCAGAAGAUAGAUAUGAAUCUUACCGAUCUUUUGGGUGAACUGCAGCGAGAUCCUUGGCCUGUUCCACAAGGGAAAAGGCCCUUACGUUCCUCUGGAGUGGCUCUCUCUAUAGCUGUAGGACUUCUUGAGUGCACUUUUCCUAAUACUGGUGCACGUAUAAUGAUGUUCAUUGGCGGACCAGCUACACAAGGACCUGGGAUGGUUGUAGGGGAUGAGCUGAAGUUACCUAUAAGAUCGUGGCACGACAUUGAGAAAGACAAUGCUAAAUAUGUUAAAAAGGGUACGAAGCAUUUUGAAGCCCUGGCUAAUCGUGCUGCAACAAAUGGUCACGUUGUUGACAUAUAUGCAUGUGCAUUGGAUCAAACUGGUCUUCUGGAGAUGAAGUGCUGUCCCAACUACACUGGUGGCUACAUGGUAAUGGGAGACUCUUUUAAUACAUCUUUAUUCAAACAGACCUUUCAGAGAGUAUUCACAAAAGAUAUGCAAGGACAAUUUAAAAUGGGAUUUGGUGGCACAUUAGAAAUAAAGACUUCAAGAGAAGUAAAGAUUUCUGGAGCUAUUGGACCCUGCGUAUCUCUAAACUCUAAAGGACCUUGUGUCUCUGAAAAUGAGAUUGGAACAGGGGGUACUUGUCAGUGGAAGAUUUGUGGACUUAAUCCUACUACAACACUUGCACUCUACUUUGAAGUGGUCAACCAGCACAAUGCUCCAAUUCCUCAAGGAGGACGUGGUGCGAUCCAGUUUGUGACUCAGUACCAGCAUUCCAGUGGACAGAGGCGUAUCAGAGUGACCACAGUUGCCAGAAAUUGGGCAGAUGCACAGACACAGAUUCAAAACAUUGCUGCAUCUUUUGACCAGGAAGCUGCAGCAAUUCUCAUGGCUAGACUGGCAGUGUAUAGGGCAGAGACAGAAGAGGGGCCUGAUGUACUUAGGUGGCUGGACAGACAACUUAUACGACUGUGUCAGAAAUUUGGAGAAUAUCACAAGGAUGAUCCAAGCUCUUUCAGAUUUUCAGAAACCUUUUCACUUUACCCACAGUUCAUGUUUCACUUGAGAAGAUCUCCUUUCUUACAAGUUUUUAACAACAGUCCAGAUGAGAGCUCAUACUAUCGUCACCACUUCAUGCGUCAAGAUCUAACACAGUCCCUUAUCAUGGUUCAGCCAAUUCUCUAUGCUUACUCCUUCAAUGGACCUCCAGAGCCUGUUCUUCUGGAUAGCAGCAGCAUUUUACCGGAUCGCAUUCUUCUUAUGGACACCUUUUUCCAGAUCCUUAUAUAUCAUGGGGAGACCAUAGCUCAGUGGCGUAAAUCAGGUUACCAAGAUAUGCCGGAAUAUGAAAACUUCCAUCACUUGCUGCAGGCUCCCAUAGAUGAUGCCCAAGAAAUUCUUCAUUCAAGAUUUCCAAUGCCCAGAUACAUUGAUACAGAGCAUGGAGGAAGCCAGGCUCGUUUCCUGCUUUCAAAAGUAAAUCCCUCUCAGACUCAUAACAAUAUGUAUGCAUGGGGACAGGAAUCUGGAGCACCCAUUCUUACUGAUGAUGUCAGCUUGCAAGUAUUUAUGGAUCAUCUGAAGAAACUUGCUGUCUCUAGUGCUGCCUGAGAUUCUGUAGAGCAAUAUAGGCACAGAUAAGCUGUAGCCGUAUUUCAGCUUUUUCUCCUUUGCCUUUUUCUGUGUCUCUCUGGACAGAAUGCUCUGAUAUGCACAAGCUGCCUGACUAGAUGUAAAGCAGUGUUGUUUUCAAAGAAAAGCUUUUGUUAUCAGCAAAUGUUUUAAUGUGAACUGCAGUUUGUAAAAAUGACAAGUAGUAGAUUAAAUUAAGUUUUAAUUAGAGGAAAGAGAACAGUCAUUUUGAUUACUGUGAUACUAUCAUUACUUUUAGAUUAUUUUCAACAACUUUGAAACGUUUUCUCUUUUCCUUCUUGAGUAGUUGAGGUUGAUUAUGCGGUGCACUACAAAGCCACACUGAACAAUAAAGAAAAUCUUUGGUGAUGUCAUGCUUUCCAGACUGCCGUAUGACUACUUUGGCUUAUUCAAAUUGAGCACAAAGUGAACGAAGAAGCAACAAGAAGGUUACAAAAGUAGUAUUAACUCAAUCUUUUGACUUAGGUUGUGGAACUCUUCUGCAGUGACCUUAUUGUUCUGUUGGUUAUUUUUUUUGGAAGUAUUUAACUUCAGAUAUUUCCUGUUUGCAUUUACUCUAGUUGAUUCUUUGGGAACAGUUUUUCUUACUUUUCACGUAAAGAAUUUGGAUUGAAAAACUAAAAAAUUAAAAUUAAAAAAAAUAAAAUCUGGUGUUGCACAAAAUGAAAAGCUUGAGCUAAGAAGAAAUCCUACACUACAGAAAUGAACUGGCAGAGCGCAGCCUUGAUUUUUUUUUUGUCUUGGCAAGUAUGCUUUAGAAAAAAAGUAUAUUACCUUUUUUAUUAUUGCCUUAUAAUGUUAUUACACUAAUGCGUGACGCUGCAUCUCAGCUUUUUCUGGACCCUUUCUGUUAGGAAUUCAGCAGGCUGUAGUUAUUGUUGAAACAGUGUUAUAGAGAAUAUGCUGUAAUUAAUUUGAUAUUUAGUUAACACAUUUUUUGAGGGGCUUAGGGAAUAAAUUAGCAGGUUUUCCCAUUUACUUUUUGAAGUUUACACAUAAAACAGAUGUUUACAUAGGUAAUAGGACAUUUUGACAAAUGAAGACAUGAAAUAUUGUACUGGGCAAUAACUGGUGCCAAGUCUGGACGAAGAGAGUUUUGACGUAGGAAAUUCAAUCAUGUAUUGGUGUGAUGAAUAUAUGAGUUUUUUUAUUUUUGUCUGUAAAUUCUCAAAAACAUUUGCUCUCCUUUUAUCUAAAUGAGAUGAGCUCCUUUUGCCUUAGUACAAAUAAAAUGUUUUUCUCUCA